CAUUUCCAAAAUACAUGUUUAAUGUAUUUUAAUGUUAACAGCUAGCCAGAAUCUAGCUAUCUUUAAAUGGUUGUCUUUCCCGUCGGAUGGAAUCUGAGGUCGUGAUUUGGUUUGCAGGAGUGCGCGAGCACUGAUAGUGUUCCUUGUGCUGUUGUGACCUUCUCGAAGAUUCGAGAAAAGGAUAACACGGAUCGUGUCACGCAUUGUCAUAUUUGUGAUGUGAGGCGCAGAAGGCCCCUUUUACUGGCAGGAUAAGCUCUAAUAAGGCCUCGGCUCCAUCUUUUUUUCAGCACCACCCCUGCUGGACAGCGCGAGAGAGAUGAUGUCACGUGAUGGCCCCUCUUUUCAAAAAACACUGAAGUUAUUAUGUACACUCAGGGUUGCAAACCCUUGGAAACUUUGCGUGGAAAAUAGCGCCAAUAAACUGAAGAUGUAUUAAAGUGCGGGUUACUACGUACAGGUAAAAGAGAACUAGAACGUGUGUACUCUACCUAACCGCUAGAGGGCGCUUAUUCCUUGUUGAUGUCAGAACUCCAUGCUGGAAGUGGAGUGUUUCUGGAUAGUAUUUGUCAUUGGCUUACAUGGAGGCUGCAGUGGUUCUGUCACUUCCUUCUUUUGGGAGUCUCUCUCACUGUUUUGAUGUGGUUGGACUAUUGACUGAUAACUGUCAUCUCACUUCCAUCCAUUUUGAAUUCCUUGAGGCACAACCAGUCACUUAUGGACAAUUUAGAGUCUCCAGUUAGCCUAUUAUCCCCUUUUGGCCAAAUUUACAUAGAGAUGUUUCAACAGAGAUUCUAACCCGGAUCUAAAGGCUGUGAAGCUGGUGUUUUGGCUUUGUGUAUCUAUGACCAGGGAUGUGAAAAACUUGUGUAUGUCCUGUACCAUCAAAAAGAAAAAGUAUUUUGUCAUUGUUUGUGGUAUUUAAAAAAACAACUUCAGGGAUGUUUGACUUUAGAAGCCCCACUUUGUAUGGAGUAUUUGUGUGUAUUUAUGCUCAUUUAAAGGGUUUUAUUUUGAAAUGUGUGGGUCAGGAGUGUCUAAACUUUUAUCCACCAAGUGUCACGUACAGAAACAUUUGAGUAUGUCGAGCGGGCAAUUUUGUGGUCAAUAUUAUUUUUUAGAAUAUGUCAAUAAAAACGGCACGGCGAUCGAGUGGUUAGCGUGCAGACCUCACAGCUAGGGGACUAGGGUUCAAUUCCCACCCUCGGCCAUCUCUGUGUGGAGUUUGCAUGUUCUCCCUGUGCUUGUGUGGGUUUUCUCCGAGUACUCCUGUUUCCUCCCACAUUCCAAAAACAUGCUAGGUUAAUUGGCCACUCCAAAUUGUCCAUAGGCAUGAAUGUGAGUGUGAAUGGUUGUUUGUCUAUAUGUGCCCCGCCUCUCGCCCGAAGACAGCUGGGAUAGGCUUCAGCACCCCCCGCGACCCUCGUGAGGAAAAGCGGUAGAAAAUGAAUGAAUGAAUGUCAAUAAAAACGUACCACAAAAGGACCUUGAGCCAGAGUUUGGGCACUCCUGGUAUAAGCGACAUGACUCAACUCUUCACCACUAAACAUGAAGGAUUGUAUUCAGCCAGCAGCAAACAAGACCAAAUCUGUCGGAGCUGUGUCACAUCAUCAUCGUCAUUUUCAUCCCAUUGGGCGAGAGCGAGUGAAAGAGAGAGAGAGAGGCAGGGUGUUCCUCAUCACGACAGUGCCGAGAACGCUGAGUCAUGUAAGAUGAUGCAAACGGAGGCUGAAUGUUGAAAAGCUGCGACCGUCGUAAUGAGCGAGAGGAUUUAGGGCUGCCUUGAGAGCCUCUGCUGGCUGGACGCAAAGCCUCGUGAGGAGAAAGAAAAAAAAAGGCUAAAAUGAGUGAGGUGAACUGAUGAGGCGGUGGAGUGAUGACAGAGAGGGGGGGUAGUGCUAAGUGGCAACGUGUCAUUAUGCGAGGGCUUCUCGGUGUGUGUGUGUCAGUGACUGAGCGACAGGGAGAGGCUAGCGCCGCAACAGUGAGCAUGUGAGCAGCAGGAGGGUUCGCCAUCGCCGACUCCACCCCCCUUCUGUAGCCAGCAUCUCUUUACCAGAGCAGCUGAUGGAAAGAACACAGAUUCUGAUUACCGUUCCCCGUCGCCACAGAGACGUCUCUUUUUGCUGAGAACUGGAGCGCUUUUGGAGAAGCUUGUUGCGUCAUCGUCCACGUUGGAUACAUUGUAUUUGUUAUAUUGUAGCUGUUGGGAAAUAGGACAAGAGGAGCUGCAGUUCUGUGUGCACUCCAACAGGAUUCUACAAGUUGCAUCAGUUCUUAUUGGCAAAGUUUCCACAAGAUGACCGCCAUGCAGAAGCUGCUGCAGCUGCCCGUGAACGCGGUGAACAUGGUGAAGACUGUGCAGAGUCAAGUGCAGGGCCUGGAGGAGGACAAGAGCCCCGUGCUGACCCCCGACGGCGGUCAACAGGCCUGGUACAGUGCCCUGAGGCCCGAUGAGCUGCGCCACCUGCGCUCUGGGGGCAUCGCAGGAAGUGGGGGUGGAGACGGAGGAAGAGAUCAGGAAGAACGUGCACCGCUGGAAGAUGGUGGCGGCAGUAGUGGGAGUUCCCAACCUUUGCGACAUGAUGACCUGAAGGAGAUGCUGGACAGCAACAAAGACUCGCUGAAGCUGGAGGCGAUGAAACGCAUCGUGGCCAUGAUUGCUCGAGGUAAAAACGCAUCAGACCUUUUCCCCGCUGUGGUGAAAAAUGUGGCGUGUAAAAAUAUUGAGGUGAAGAAGCUGGUUUACGUUUACUUGGUGCGGUACGCCGAGGAGCAGCAAGACCUUGCGCUGCUCUCCAUCUCCACCUUUCAGCGAGGCUUGAAGGAUCCCAACCAGCUGAUCAGAGCUAGUGCCUUGCGGGUCCUCUCUAGCAUCCGAGUCACCAUCAUCGUUCCCAUAAUGAUGCUGGCCAUUAAAGAGGCCGCGUCCGAUAUGUCCCCGUACGUCAGGAAGACGGCUGCCCACGCCAUCCCCAAACUCUACAGUCUGGAUCCAGAACAGAAAGACCAGCUGAUUGAAGUCAUUGAGAAACUCCUUGCUGACAAAACCACUUUGGUGGCGGGCAGCGUGGUCAUGGCCUUUGAGGAGGUGUGCCCUGAGCGGAUUGACCUGAUCCACAAGAACUACAGGAAGCUGUGUAACCUCCUGAUCGAUGUGGAAGAAUGGGGUCAGGUGGUCAUCAUCAACAUGCUGACCCGCUACGCUAGAACCCAAUUCCUCAACCCAAACAUCAACGAGUCCCUGCUGGAGGAGGGCGGUGAGAAGACCUUCUACGGCUCUGAUGACGAUGAGGACGAAGAUGAGGAGGAGAAGGAGAAGAAGGCCGAGGCCGCCGCCAUGGCCAAGAGGAAGCCGUACGUGAUGGAUCCCGACCACAGGCUGCUGCUGAGGAACACCAAGCCGCUUCUGCAGAGCCGCAAUGCAGCUGUGGUGAUGGCUGUGGCUCAGCUCUACUUCCAUCUUGCCCCCAAAGCAGAAGUCGGGGUGAUCGCCAAGGCUCUGGUGCGUCUUCUGCGGAGUCACAGUGAAGUCCAGUAUGUGGUUCUUCAGAAUGUGGCCACUAUGACCAUCAAGAGAAGGGGGAUGUUUGAACCAUACCUGAAGAGCUUCUACAUACGCUCCACAGACCCGACCCAGAUUAAAAUCCUCAAGCUGGAGGUUCUCACCAAUCUGGCUAACGAAACCAACAUCUCCACCAUUCUCAGAGAGUUCCAGACGUACAUCAAAAGCAUGGAUAAGGACUUUGUCGCCGCCACCAUCCAAGCCAUUGGCCGCUGUGCCACCAACAUAGGGGAAGUGAGGGACACGUGUCUGAACGGCCUGGUGCAGCUGCUGUCCAACAGAGACGAGUUAGUGGUGGCCGAGUCUGUGGUGGUCAUCAAAAAGCUGCUGCAGAUGCAGCCCGAGAAGCACAGCGACAUCAUCAAGCACAUGGCCAAGCUGACGGACAACAUCCAGGUGCCGAUGGCGCGAGCCAGCAUUCUGUGGCUGAUUGGAGAAUACUGUGAGCAUGUACCAAAGAUAGCCCCAGACGUCCUGAGGAAGAUGGCAAAGUCCUUCACCAACGAGGAGGACAUUGUCAAGCUGCAGAUACUCAACCUGGCCGCCAAGCUCUAUCUCACCAACUCCAAGCAGACCAAACUUCUGACCCAGUACGUCCUCAACCUGGCCAAAUACGACCAGAACUACGACAUUCGUGAUCGGGCGCGCUUCAUUCGCCAGCUCAUUGUGCCCACUGAGAAGAGCGGUGCUCUCAGCAAGUACGCCAAGAAACUGUUCCUCGCCCUCAAGCCUGCGCCCGUCCUGGAGUCUCCAUUUAAAGAUCGAGACCACUUCCAGUUGGGUUCAUUGUCCCACCUGCUGAACGCCAAAGCCGGGGGCUACCAGGAGUUGCCUGAUUGGCCUGAAGCUGCCCCAGACCCCUCCGUGCGCAACGUGGAGGUGAAGGAGUCUGUAUUUACGCUGCUUGAACGAGUCACAACAUUGACCAGCGUGCCCGAGUGGACCAAGUGCAGCAGCCGGGAGAAGAGGAAGGAGAAGAAAGUGGAGAAGCCGUUCUACUCGGACUCCGAGGGCGAAUCUGGCCCGACCGAGUCUGCCGACAGUGAGUCGUACUCCUCCAGUGGCUCAGAGAGCGGCAGCAGGAGUGGAGAAAGUGGCUCAGGAUCAGAGAGUGAGGAGAGCGAAGAAGCUUCCGAGUCUGAGGAAGAAGAAGACAACAAAGAGAAGAAGAAGAAAAUAGAAUUCAAGAAGCCGGUGCAAGAAAGUGAAAGUGAGGAGGAAGAGAGGACACGUGUGAGGAAGAGCAAGCAACGCAAAAGCGAUUCCGAGUCGGAAUCGGACGAAGAUGAUGAAAGUGAUUCUGAGAGCAGCCAAUCGGAAUCUGAAGACUCAGAGUCAGAGGUGGAGGCCAGAAAGAAGAAAAAGACGGCCGAGUCCAAAGCUCCUCCCAAGCCCGUCAAAAAAGACAGCAAGAAAGAAAUGUCGCUACUCGACCUUGACGAUUUUGAACCUGCGCCUUCGCCUCAAGUGACACCCGUCAGCUCCUUUCUAUCCAACAGCCUGGUGACCGACCUGGAGGGCUUGUCUUUGUCCGACAGCGUUCUCUCGCCCAUGGCCAUCUCACCCUGCAGCGCCCAGAAGAGCUACGAGCUGCUGCACCGCAUCACGGGGGAGGGACUGUCGGUGGAGUACUGCUUCAGCCGGCAGCCCUUCGGCGCCGACGCCAACAUGGUGGCGGUGCAGAUGCAGUUCAGCAACAGCGCCACCGCCGAUGCCAAGAACCUGCACAUCGAGGACGUGAAACUGCAGUCCGGGAUGAGGGUCAAAGAGUUCCCAGAGAUCGACCUGCUGCCUCCGGGGGAGUCGGCGACAGCCGUGAUGGGCAUCGACUUCUGCGACUCCACACAAGCGGCAAACUUCCAGCUGUGCACUCACACCAGGAAGUUCUUUGUGUCCAUUCAGCCGCCCAUUGGAGAGCUGAUGAAACCAGUUUUUAUGACAGAGAACGAGUUUAAAAAGGAGCAAGAGACGCUUUUACAGCGUCUAGGUCAGCUGAUGGGCAUGAAUGAAAUCACGGAGAAGCUAACUCUGGACGGAAAAUGCCGGAACGAGCACACCAUCGUCCAGAGAGUGACGGCCGCCGCCAACCUCAGCAGAGUCCCCUGUGGGUCGGACAAAGAGUGCAGGUUUGCUGGCAGGGCGGUGACCAGCGGCAGCCUGGUGCUGGUCACCGUGGCGACCAAGGAAGAGGGCGGCGCCCAGCUGACUGUCAACUGCGAGAAAAUGGUCAUCGGCACCAUGCUGGUCAAGGACAUCCUGCUGGCGUUGACGCAGUGACGCGCUGUAGCAAACCCACGCUGAUCCCAACCACUCUUUUCCACUCUCUAUCCACCUGCAAGGAAUUUUCUGAAAUGGUUGAAAGUGUUUUUAUGGUGACAAUCAGACAGAACGUCUCAUCUUUUGUGAAGUAAGACUGACUACAACUUUGUCGCCCCCUGGAGCCAGCCUUCAGAACGACACCUCGUGUAAGUAUCGUAUUUAUUUUUACGUUCUAGAUGUUUAUAAAAAGGUAGCUAAUAGAAUGUAGCAUGACAAUUUCAUCCCAAACAUUAAAUGUUUGUGUGACAGUGCUACUGUUUGGGUGUGGUGUGUAUAUAUAGAAUAUAACCAGUUAUGUGAUCCUUUUUUAAACACAAACUUUUACUUUGGGCCUUAAAAUGUAAGAAGCUAUAUACAUCUAACUUAUUUAUUAACAUUUAAAUAUUUAGUUAAUAAAAGCUAGCUAUUAUUGUUUUGUAGUUUCUACAAAUUAGUAAUUUUCUUUUUACAAUUUCCAUUCAAUUUAAUGAGUACAGUAUGUUAUGAUGUAAUCCAUUUCCUGUUUUUUCUGACGCUUCACAUGGCAAGGAGUAUAUUUAUUUGCUUAUAAUGUUGGUGAAUGUCACAGAGGUUUUUACCAAAGCAGAUAAAAACGAAGAAACAACUUUGGCUCAACUGUAUUGUCAUU